CUCUGAUGAACCCUAAAAGAUUUAUAUAUUUCACGCAACCCCCCUCUCAUUUCAAAACCCUAGAGCACCCACUAUCGCCCCCGCGCCUCUCUCUCACAAACACACACCCCCACACCGUCAAAUGGCCGCCGCCGCCCGCCCCCUUGUCUCCGUUCAACCUCUACCCGCGUCCCUCAAUGACAUGGCCACUGAUUCUGUCACAACCGUGGCUCUCCCCGACGUCAUGAAGGCCUCAAUCAGACCAGACAUCGUCAAUUAUGUCCACUCCAACAUCUCCAAGAACAGCCGUCAACCUUACGCCGUCUCAAAGAAGGCCGGUCACCAGACCUCAGCCGAAUCUUGGGGUACCGGUCGUGCCGUUUCUCGUAUCCCCCGUGUUUCUGGUGGUGGAACUCACCGUGCUGGUCAGGGAGCUUUUGGAAACAUGUGCCGUGGUGGACGCAUGUUUGCUCCUACCAAGACCUGGCGCCGCUGGCACAGGAAGAUUAACGUCAACCAAAAGCGAUACGCUGUCGUUUCAGCUAUUGCUGCCUCUGCUAUUCCUUCUUUGGUCAUGGCACGCGGUCACCGGGUGGAGUCAGUCCCUGAGAUGCCUCUGGUUAUCUCUGAUUCGGCCGAGAGCAUUGAAAAAACAUCCACUGCUAUUAAGGUGCUGAAGGAAAUUGGUGCUUAUCCAGAUGCCGAGAAGGCCAAGGAUUCUCAAGCGAUCCGGGCUGGAAAGGGAAAAAUGAGGAACAGGAGGUACAUUUCCCGCAAGGGACCCCUGAUCGUGUAUGGAACUGAAGGUGCUAAGUUGGUGAAGGCCUUCCGUAACAUUCCAGGAGUGGAGGUGGCUAACGUUGAGAGGCUGAACUUGUUGAGGCUGGCUCCCGGCGGUCAUCUUGGAAGGUUUGUGAUCUGGACAAAAUCAGCUAUCGAGAAGCUUGAUUCAAUAUAUGGGACUUUUGACAAGUCUUCCGAGAAGAAGAAGGGUUAUGUGCUGCCUAGGACCAAGAUGGUCAAUGCUGAUUUGGCUAGGAUCAUCAACUCUGACGAGGUUCAGAGCGUUGUGAAUCCAAUCAAGAAGGAGGUUAAGAGGGCACCUUUGAAGAAGAACCCGCUGAAGAACCUGAACGUGAUGCUGAAAUUGAAUCCAUAUGCUAAGACUGCUAGGAGGAUGGCCCUUCUGGCUGAAGCAGAGCGCGUGAAGUCCAAGAAGGAGAAGCUCGACAGGAAGAGGAAACCUGUGUCGAAGGAGGAGCUAGCUGCUGCCAAGGCUGCAGGAAAGGCUUGGUACAAGACCAUGAUUUCUGACAGCGAUUACACCGAGUUCGAGAAUUUCACCAAGUGGCUUGGUGUCUCCCAGUGAUUUAGUUCUGUUUUUGGAGAGGAGUUUUGCUUAUUUACUUGAUUAUGUUGUCAACUUUUGUUUUGCUAUUGUACAUGUAGGAGGGGAUUUUAGGUAUUUUGUAGCCUUUCUUCCAAUCCCAUUCUUCUAUUUUGCUAGGUCAAAGAAUCUCUAUUUCAAUCAGAAAUGAAAUGGAACAAUUUAUUACCUCA